AAGCACUGCCCUGAAUCCAUCACUAACUUCCAUCUCCCAGCAGCAGGUGGCGCUGAGGUACAUAUACUGUGCCUACAGAGGAUGUGCUCACGGCGCAUGCGGCCUGCUAGGUUGCCGCCGGAACUACUAUUCCCGAAAUGCAUUGCGCCAGGCGACCCGGAAGAAGCGUAAAGACGAAGCUGGUGGUGAGGAUGCCCCCUCCAGCACGUUGACCAGGAGCUGCCGCUGGUGUAACGCCAUGGAUAACCGCUUUGCCACAGCACUGGUGAUUGGCAGCGUCCUGUCUCUCCUGUCAGUGAUUUACCUGUCUGCAGCAGUGGGUACCGUCUCCUGGUACCACUAUUUCACCUCCCCCGUCCUCGCCAACGUCAGUGAGAUGUCUGCAAAUGAAUUCUUAAAUGAACUGGAAAAGGCCAAUGAGAAGGCGUACACGGACGCCCUGUACCACUGCAACGGGAGCCUGGGGCUAUGGCAGCAGUGCAUCACCUUCUCCCAGCAGAACUAUGAUACCGAUGAUCUGUCUUCCAAUUUGCGAUGCGUCUCAUUGUCUUUUUCGGAUCAGUUCUUAGAAAAAUACAGCCAGCCCGGAAAUCACAACACCGAAAUUGACCUGAUCCGUACAUAUCUGUGGCGUUGUCAGUUCCUGCUCCCAUUGGUCGCCCUCGGACUCAUAUUUGUUGGAGCGAUUAUUGGUCUGGCUGGCUGUGUCUGCCGCAGUCUGUAUCCGGCACUGGUAACUGGGGCCUUGCAUCUACUGGCAGGUGUGUGCACAUUGGGAGCAGUUUUGUGUUUCGCCAGCGGGGUGUAUAUGCUGCAGAAGAGUCUGCCCCUUCCACCAGGGGUUCGGGGAGAGUAUGGAUGGUCCUUCUGCUUGGCUUGUGUCUCUUCACCUCUGCAGAUCAUGGCUGGAGCCCUGUUUCUUUGGGCAUCUCGCGCUAGUCGGAAAGAGUAUUCCUUGAUGAAGGCUUAUCGUGUGGCAUAAAGGAACUCAACCUGAAAAGGACUACUCACACUGGCAGGUGUCGUGGUGCCAGGAUUCAAAUGCAGGUCAUAAGAGUCCAUCUGAAAUUUGUCCUGACGUUCUGUAUUUUUUUACAUAUUAUUUUUUAACAGAAUUCCUUUUCAGCAACGGGCUUUAAUGUGACUAAACUUAGAAGUCCACAUGACCACACGUUGUUCUCCAGUAUUCCUGAAUUCAGGCCUGUACCAUCUACCUCGAUGGAGGCAUUGAUCCCAGCUGCCCUUUUCUUUCCAGUCUAAGCACAUAACAUCACCUAAAUUGACGUCCCACUAUAUAUUAUUACCAAGGUCAGCAUACUUUAGGGGGGGGUGACCUAUGGGAUCAGCAAGUUCAAAUACCGUUGUGUCCAACUUAUAUAUCAUCCACACGGUAUGCCGUAGAAUACAAUCCAAAGACUCUCUCCCUGAAGCUAGCGGGCCUACUGUAGUCAGAUCACAUGGAAUAUCUAGUUCUGGUUAUUUACCAGAUCUGUUGUACUUUAGAGCAAUGCAGUUUGUUUUGUUUUUUAUGAGACCCUUAUUAAAGGUUUAAGUCUUAUGUGACAUUUGGUCAUCUUGACCUGUAAAGGUAAAUCUCACACCACAGUAAUACAGAAAAAAAUAUAUAUAAAAGAGAGAUUUUGGGGUAUAAUAAAAUUAUUUCUGCACCUAUUAUCCCAGCCCAAGGCAUCUCGCCAGAAUGGGGCAUGUAGAGCUUUUCUAUCCGGCAUGAUGACCUGAUACAUCUACAGCAAUAGCUUAAAAGGGUUGUCCAGGAUUACUCUCUGCCCGAUCUGACACUGGGUGUGAAGAGCACAACUGCAUGCUGACAGGGCAACCAUCCAAUGCCCAGCAAGUACGCGGAUAUCAAUAAUUAGAAUAGGACCUGUGUAUGAUACUUGCUGGACACAGAGCAGGAUGCAUUGAGGACCCCUUUAAAGGGAACAUGUCAGGAACCUCAUUCAGCUCCUGACCCGCUCCCUUUAAAGUCCUCAGCGGCCCACUUGCUGGAUAUGUUUUCAGGAUUUCCUUUAGUAUCUCUGUAUAAUUACUGUCAAUACAUUAGGACUUACAACAGGUAUUCAUCCUGUGGGAUAUUCCCAAAUAAUGACCGGCAGGUGCGCCUCGAGGGCUGCAUAUGAGGAACACUGCUUUGAAGUAUGUUUGCUCUGAGAUAAGAAUCCCCACUGACUGAUUUAGCCUUUCUGGAUUACUUUUGAUACGGGCACAUUAUUAUGAUUGCCACUCAACUUUCCCAGACUGUUCAUAACUAGAUGGAUUGGCAGCUACCCACAAAUCAGAAUGGUUGGGGAAAUGCUGUUUUAUGUUGUUAUGCCAGAGGUAACAUAGAUAUGUUGGCGGUGGUGAAGAUCUUGGAUACGACGCCCACCUCUCAGACUUUUUACUAUGUACUUUUUUUUUAAUGGCUGUUUUAACUUAUAUUGUUUUGUAUAUGUGUGUUUUGUUACUUUAGUGUAAACCCUUGCGUUGUCAGGAAACUGCAGCUGGGAAUGACCGCUGCUUACCUUCUGCCACGUCUGCCUGAUAUGGUGCUCACAGCUAAAGGGUCUGCUUCCCCCAAACUGCACCUAUCUGAGGUUGAGCUGCAAUACCAGUGGGCAAGAGGAGCACAGUUCCAUCCUCUCUAACCAUAUAGUAUCGUCAUGCGACCACCAACAGUAGAACACUUGAUUACAUGCCCAACAUUUAGAAAAUCUGUCUGACAACAGUCUAUUGACAUCAUGUUUGGAUAUAGGAAAAAAAAACUAUCCAUUCUGAACACUGGGCCAAACUACUAGGUAAACUUUUGGAUGGAGAGGAAGAUACGAUGUAACUCAAGCUUAGCAAAAUAUGUGCAAGCAAGUUCAAUAUUGUAAAGCUAAAAUGGAACGCGGUGCUCAAAAGUAAGCCUUCAGCUUAUUAACCCUACUCAACAGCAGAAAUGUAUUGUAAUGCAUAGGAUCCAUUGACAUGUCUGCUAGUGUGAAAGCACAACUGUAGCCAAUACCCCACCCCUAACAGUGUGCAUUACUUAGGACUGGCCCUUAGAUCAACAAUCCCUAAUUUCAUAGACCUCUAUAUGUAAGGCAUGAAUACACUACACGAGCUUCAGAUAAAGGGAACAGUUCAGUAGUAGAUAUCUGAAUGUUAGGCAUACUCUUAUGUAUAGAUCAUGUUUGAGGUGACACCACAUUUCUACCACUUCUUACUUUGACCACUAGGGGCACUGUUGCAAUGGAGCAUAGAUAAUGUUUUAUUUAUAAAUUAUAUUUUAAUGUACCAUCUGUCCUAUAGUGGCAAGAUGUUUAGCUUGUGUUGAAUGACUCUAGAAAAUUUUCAUGUGACUUGAUUUAAGGGAAUAUUAAAACAGCGCCUUUGCAAAUUGUUUUAAAUGAAGACCAUCUUCUGUAACUUUGUGUCUGCAGCUCAUUUAUAGACCCUUUUGUCUCUAUGGUAACAGACUACGAACAAUGUAGUCUGAUCCAACACUCAUUUCCUUCCAUAUGUCCUUAUCUCUGACUAACAUUUUGUAGUUUACAGGUAGGGGAUAGAUGGUAGUAUGACUACAAUCGCCCUACAUUUAUUUGUAGUCUGUUACCAUGGAAACAUCGGUCUCCACUGUGGCGGUAGACAAAAAUGGUAGAUUAACAGAUUGCCUAAUUCCUUUAUUUUAAAUUUGUGCUGCAUUAGAGCAAUAAAGAUAAUACGUACAAGUAGGGCUUGUAAAAAUGCACAGCACGUGACAAAAUCCACAUGCCAGGUAUAAGAGCCUAACGAUUCAUGUAUAUUUGGUCCUCAGCUCCUCUGACAUGGUUGAAAGUUUCAACACGUAUAGCUUGCAGUUCCUUAAUUUGCAUACCUGUUAUUCGGUACAGUGCAUUAUUUUACAUAAUCCUAACCAUGCUUCUUUGGCUUUACUAGUCACCGGAAAUGAAAGGGAAUGGGGCUGCCACGACUCAGUCUUUGUUAAAGGACGGCUCUCGGAUUUGCCCAUCAAGGAGUAUUAGGGUUUAGUCUCAGGGGAUGUAAUGGUGCUACAGCUUUACCAUUACUGCAGGAAGACCACAUGUAAAUAUGUGCGGUUCCAGCAGAUGCAAUGCCACACCAGGACCACCCUCUAGAUAAACCCUAAAAGUUUCUGUGAUUUCUCUAGUGCUUUUUCCAGAGUCUAGUACUAUGGCUUGAUCAUCAAGAUUUCCACUAUCUAGAAGGCCCACGUCCAGUCAUCAUGUAAACCAAAUCUGUAUCAUGAAGCAAUACCUGGAAACGGCAUAGUGCGGACCAGGGUUCAGGGGCUUCUACCUGGUACUUGGACAUUUACCCUGUGGAUUUGUGUUCGUACUGUAAAGUAUAUUUGUAUGUAUAGAUGAUGUACCUGACUAUGUCGAUGGCUGUACCGGCAGUGUUCUUGGUUUCCUGUCUAAACACUCCGAACUACUGUGAUUAAAACUCCUUUAGUAUUCAGCAGUAAUAGAACAUUUAUUAUACAAACCAUAUCCCAUUUAUAUUUGGUACACAAUAAAAAAAAAACUACUGAAAAAA